CAAGUUUUGACGGCAUGACGAAGGUAUUGCUGUUAAAACUGAAAUUCGCCUCCCUGUUCCCUCAAUGCUGGAUGAAAUCUGAUCUUACAAACUGACAAGAAAACAAGUGCUGUCAUGGAUCCUCUGUCGAGGACAAUGAUGCUGGAAGAUGUGGUCCAGUACAAACUUUUUUUGAUUCAGCCCGACGAUUCAGAUUCAAAAACCAACAAGCAACGUCUGACAUAUCUACUCGAAGAGAUUCUGGCCAAGUUUGCUCCGCUCCUCACUCAAUAUAUUUGGCAGCAUCAGUCAUUCAACCUGAAGUAUCAGCCUGACAAAGGAGGAGUUCCUGCUCACAUUGGAGGCAGUGUUCAGUUCGGGGACAAUGUGGAGGAUGAGUGGUUUGUCGUUUACCUUCUCCAAAAGAUCACAGAGGAUUUUUCUGAGCUUGCAGCCAGAGUUGAGGACAACGAUGGAGAGUUUCUUCUAAUUGAAGCAGCAAACUACAUUCCCAAAUGGCUGAAUCCAGAAACCAGUGAGAACAGGGUGUUCCUUCACAAAGGAGAGUUGUGUAUUCUUCCAUGUUCCUCCCCUUCCAGCACAGUAGGCUUUCCCAAGAAUACAGUGCCCAGUGUGGAACAGGCUCUAGCCUUGCUGUCCUCCCAUACACAGGAGUGCCGGGCAAGCCCCAAGAUUCGCUCUGCACUAGGGAAGCGACUAGAGGGGUACCCAGAGAAAAUUAGAAACAGCCUCCACUGUGCCCAUUGCUACUUGCCAGCAGGCAUUGCCACAGUAUUGACCAAGAGGCCAGACCUGGUAGCCCCUGCAGUGUCAGCAUUUUACCUGCGGGACCCUCUAGAUCUUCAGGCCUGUCGAAGCUUCAAAACUUUUCCCCCUUGCACACGGGUCUUCACUUCGGUGACAUUCACUCGGUGCCUGUAUGCCCAGCUACAACAGCAACAGUUCACUCCAGACCGGAGGAGCGGUUUCACCCUGCCUGCUCGCUCUCAUCCCCAGUACAGAGCCUAUGAGCUGGGUAUGAAACUGGCCCAUGGGUUCGAGAUCCUAUCCUCUAAGUGCAGGCAGCCAUCUUCAGAGCCUGGUGCUCCACUCAGUUGCAGUCCUCAGUGGAAAGGCUUCCUAGAGAGCCUGAAGAGGAACGGCUACUUUCAGGGUGAACUAGAAGGCUCAGUUCACUAUAUAGAACUGAUGACAUCAGCAGAAAACUUCUUCAGACUUUCUGUCUUGUCAACGCAAAGCGGCAAGUCCCCAGGAGAGGAGAUUCUUCAGCUGCUGCAGAGCUUUCCUUUCGAUUUGGAGGAGCUGAGGAGACAGGAGUCGCAGCUCCCCCCAGAGGAUAAUGAUAGCUGGCUGGAUAUUACAGCUCAGGAUCUGGAGCGCAUGUUAGAGGAAAGAAUGGGUGGAGGCAAAGUUAGCAGCAGCCAGAACCGCAGUUCCACCAAUCACACACAGUGGGCCAGAGACACAGAGCAGAGGAGAAAGGAGACAGGGGAAGAAAACGAGGAAGAGGAGGCUGGUUACAGCCUCGUGGCAGUUUCACAGGGCAUGAAGAACUUCCUCUGUGCCGUGUCUUCCCAUGAGGGGGCUGAACUGCCUGGUGCCCAUUCAAAUGAGCCUUUUAGUUUGGACCCAGAAACCAUGGCCAAUGCGCUGGACAGACUUCUAGGAGGCAAGGAGGAAGAGUUGGAUUCGGAUGAUCUCGAUGAUGAUGAUGACGAUGAUGAUGAUGAUGAUGACCAAGAAGAAGAGGUUUCUCUUGGGGCUGGAGGGCAGAAAGGAGUGGAGACGCUUGACAGUCUCAGAAGAUACAUGGACCAAAUGGACCUGGAGCUGAUGGACACUAACAUAGGACAAAGCUUUACUCGGAAGCAAAAGUGUGACCAUGCCGUUUCAGCCAACAGCACCUCUGCUUCUCCUGCCUGUGAGGGCCUUCCAGGCAAGGGAGAGACAGAAGAAGCAGAGGAGGAGAUCCAGCCGCUGGAUAUUGAUGUCAACCUGGUCACCAACCUACUGGAGUCUCUCAGCUCCCAGGCAGGAUUGGCUGGACCAGCCUCUAAUCUGCUGCAAAGUCUGGGUAUUCACCUGCCCCCCAACAGUGACCCCUCAUAAAGAAAUAAAGACCACUGGGGGGAAUGUCUCAACUUAAUGGGAUAAUAUUUACCAAGCUUCUUAUCUUCAGUGAGUUACAAAUAAGGCCAGAAUCUGGUUUAUGAGGUUCCCUACAAAGCUAUUAUUAAGAAGGGCCAGAUGAUCUACAAUAACAAACUAAGUUCACGCCACUCUUUUGUUUAGUCAUGCUGAGAGGCAAGAAAAAAGGUUAUUCUUUUAAUGCAAAGGUAGGACAAGGCAGUACAGGGUUUUUCAUUUUCUCCCGAUCCAACUGAAUCACAUGUUUUUGAUAAGAUACAGAUAUUGUGGUUUUUCACAGGGUCAGUCCCACUGAUAAAUCACCAUUCACAUCAGGUUUACAUCCUUCUGGUUUUUUUUUGUUUUUGUUUUUUUUUUCAAUUUGAAGACUUCAUAUUGUUUGGCUUGUGGCUUUCAGUGGUAUUUUGUACAGCACUUAAAAUACUGAAAAAAAUAGUACAGUUUGGAAGAAACAAGGCAGCACAGUGGCGCAGUGGUUAGCACAGUCGCCUCAUAGAAAGAAGGUCCUGGGUUCGAAACCCCGAGGUAGUCCAACCUUGGAAAUCAUCCCAGGUUGUCCUCUGUGUGGAGUUUGCAUGUUCUCCCCGUGUCUGCAUGGGUUUCCUCGUAGUGCUCCGGUUUCCUCCCACAGUCCAAAGACAUGUAGGUCAGGUGAAUCGGCCAUACUAAAUUGUCCCAAGGUGUGAAUGUGUCAGCCCUGUGAUGGGCUGGUGGCCUGUCCAGGGUGUCUCCCGGCCUGUCCAGGGCGUCUCCCCACCUGCCGCCCAGUGAUUGCUGGGAUAGGCUCCAGCAUCCCGUGACCCUAAGUAGAAUAAACAGCUUGGAUAAUGGAUGGAUAGAAGAAACAUGGCGUCCUGUUGUUUAUUUUUAAGUCAUUUGAGAGCAACUCGAGUUUUUGCUAGGAAAGAUACAUGUUAAUGAAUUAUAGUAAGUUCUGUCAUCUCUGUCGCUCAAUAACCAGGUAUUUCAAUAUCUUUUCCAAGAAUGUGAAAUCGUUAAAGAAAAAAAAAAUCUUGUAUUACAUAACAUGACGCUUGAGAGAAUACACUUUAAUUUGAUGCACAACAUGGGUCAAAAGUGACCUGACUGAGUUUUUAUGUUCUAUAUCUUUGCAAUAAAUGAAUUUCAUCAUUCAGU